CUUUCAGCACCAAGAACAGUUACUAAUGCAGCUUCAAGCGGGUUAAAAGAGCGGAGGAAACGCGAGUAAAAUGCAGAACAGCAGGACACUGAGAGCAGAUGAAAAUUAGGAAUAUAAUGCCUUCAAAAUCAUACUGAGACUCAGCAGCAGCAUUGCACUUCAAUGUUCCUUUGCCCCCCCCAAAGUUUUAUUUUUCAAAUGCAAAGCACAUGUGGCAGAGAUGUUAUAAAAAUCAACAGCCAUCCUUCUUUGAACAGCACUCAUUUGUCGACCCGCUGCAUGGCUCUAAACUGACACUGGGUGGGGACUGAUGGUCGCGUUCAUGUUGUGCACCUUCAGAUGUUCUGUCUACUCCUCUAACCAGAAGAACCUUCACUACUUUGACAGUUGCUGUAUCUUAAGCAAACAUGGUGAGGGAAAGGAAGAGAUCUUUUUCCUGCCAAUGCUUCUUUCUACUGACAGCAAAAUGCUGCUGGCUGCUCACUUCCAUGCAAAAAACAGAGGCCCAGGAACAUGCCCACUCCAUCCGCCUGGAAGGUGAUAUCAUUUUGGGAGGACUUUUCCCUGUUCAUUCUAGAGGAGAUCGAGGUGUGCCUUGUGGGGAUUUGAAGAAGGAAAAAGGGAUCCAUAGACUGGAAGCUAUGCUUUAUGCCAUAGACCAGAUCAAUAAGGAUCCUGACCUCCUUCCUAAUAUCACGCUUGGUGCCCGGAUCCUUGACACUUGUUCCAGGGACACUUAUGCCUUGGAGCAGUCUUUGACAUUUGUGCAAGCUCUCAUUGAGAAAGAUGCAUCAGACGUAAGGUGUGCCAAUGGGGAUCCCCCUAUCUUCGCCAAGCCUGACAAGAUCGUUGGAGUAAUAGGUGCUGCUGCAAGUUCAGUGUCAAUUAUGGUUGCCAAUAUUCUAAGACUUUUUAAGAUACCUCAGAUAAGCUAUGCAUCUACAGCCCCUGAAUUGAGUGACAACACCAGGUAUGACUUUUUCUCUCGAGUGGUCCCACCCGACUCAUAUCAAGCGCAAGCCAUGCUUGAUAUUGUCACAGAUAUGGGGUGGAAUUUUGUGUCGACCCUGGCUUCCGAAGGUAACUAUGGAGAGAGUGGCGUGGACGCAUUUAUACAGAUCUCAAGGGAAUCUGGUGGUGUUUGCAUUGCACAGUCACUGAAAAUCCCUCGAGAACCGAAACCAGGAGAAUUUGACAAGAUAAUCCAACGCUUGUUGGAAACCACAAACGCCCGUGCUGUGAUUAUGUUUGCAAAUGAAGAUGACAUCAGGCGGGUGCUGGAAGCAGCCAAAAGGAUGAAUCAAACUGGCCAUUUCCUCUGGGUUGGUUCUGAUAGCUGGGGCUCCAAAAUCGCACCAGUUGUUCAGCAAGAAGAGGUGGCAGAAGGAGCUGUCACAAUUCUGCCCAGAAGAGCUUCUAUCUAUGGCUUUGAUAGAUAUUUUAGGAGUCGGUCACUAGCUAACAACAGACGAAACGUAUGGUUUGCAGAGUUCUGGGAAGAGAAUUUUGGAUGUAAAUUAGGAUCACAUGGCAAGAGAGUUGGUAAUCUCAAGAAAUGCACAGGGUUAGAAAAGAUUGGGAGGGAUUCCAGUUUUGAGCAAGAAGGGAAAGUGCAGUUUGUUAUUGAUGCUGUGUAUGCCAUGGCUCAGUCGUUACACAGAAUGCACAAAGACCUCUGCCCUGGAUAUAUUGGUCUUUGUCCAAAAAUGAGCAACAUUGAUGGAAAGGAGCUACUUAGUUGCAUCCGGGCUGUAAACUUUAAUGGAAGUGCAGGAACCCCUGUCGUUUUCAAUGAGAAUGGAGAUGCUCCUGGACGCUAUGACAUUUUCCAGUAUCAAAUCAUCAAUAGGUCUAAGGCAGAAUACAAGGUUAUUGGACACUGGGCUGAUCAACUUUACUUAAAUCGAAAUGAUAUGCAGUGGACUAGAGGGGAUCCCUCUGUUCCAGUCUCUGUUUGCAGUUUUCCUUGUAAGCCUGGUGAAAGAAAGAAGACUGUAAAGGGAGUACCAUGCUGCUGGCACUGCGAGCGCUGUGAAGGCUACCAUUACCAGGCGAAUGAGUUCACCUGCGAAUUGUGUCCCUAUGAAGAGAGGCCCAAUGAGAACCACACAGGCUGCCAACCAAUUCCCAUAAUCAAGCUGGAAUGGCAUUCCCCUUGGGCAAUUGUGCCCGUCUUCCUUUCCAUGCUGGGGAUAAUUGCCACUACCUUUGCUAUUGUGACCUUUGUGCGUUACAACGACACACCCAUUGUAAGGGCUUCAGGCAGGGAACUGAGCUAUGUGCUGUUGACUGGGAUAUUCCUCUGUUAUGCAAUCACUUUUCUCAUGAUUGCGACCCCUGACACUGGUGUAUGUUCUCUCCGGCGUAUCUUCUUAGGACUCGGCAUGUGCUUCAGCUAUGCUGCCUUGCUGACCAAAACCAACAGGAUCCAUCGCAUCUUUGAGCAAGGGAAGAAAUCUGUCAGUGCCCCCAGGUUUAUCAGCCCCGCCUCCCAGCUCGUCAUUACAUUCGCCCUCAUCUCCUUUCAGCUGCUGGGUGUCUUCAUCUGGUUCGCAGUGGACCCUCCCCAUAUCCUAGUGGACUUUGGGGAGCAGAGAACACCAGAUCCUAAGAACGCCAGAGGGGUCCUCAAAUGUGACAUUUCAGACCUUUCCCUCAUAUGUUCUCUUGGAUACAGUAUUCUUUUGAUGGUCACAUGCACUGUUUAUGCCAUUAAAACAAGAGGCGUGCCAGAGACCUUCAAUGAAGCCAAACCUAUUGGAUUUACUAUGUACACAACAUGCAUCAUUUGGUUAGCUUUCAUACCAAUAUUCUUUGGUACAGCACAGUCAGCAGAAAGGAUGUAUAUCCAGACCACAACUCUUACGAUCUCCUUAAGCUUAAGUGCUUCAGUCUCUCUGGGCAUGCUCUACAUGCCUAAGGUUUACAUUAUCAUCUUCCACCCAGAGCAGAAUGUGCAAAAACGCAAGCGCAGCUUCAAAGCUGUUGUUACAGCAGCCACAAUGUCAAGCAAGCUGACACAAAAAGGAAGUGACAGACCAAAUGGGGAGGUCAAAACUGAACUCUGUGAAAGCCUUGAAACUAACACAUCAUCUACCAAGACAACAUACAUCAGCUACAGCAACCAUUCCGACUGAGUAGCUUUCAAAAUGGAUCUUCUGAAGAACACAAGGCUAAACAAAUCGUUUCUCAUGUAUGGAGACUUCAAGCAGCACCAAGGCAUGAGAUGUUGUAAGAUUGUCCACUGAAAAUGAAGAAUCCGCUUGGAGCCAAAAGUUUGUUUGCUUGUGUGCAUACAGAGAAAUUGACCAGCCAUAAAAGAACAAGGAAGAAGGUUGCAAGAAAGAUUUAAAAAAAAAAAAAAGAACAUUUAGCUUCUGGCAAAAAAAAGAAAAAAAGUUGCUAUCAGAGUCAACCAUAUUUGUUGUGAAUAUACUUGUAAGUAUUUUUUGUGGUUGUGAAAAUGUUCAUUCUUGUCCCACUUAGUCCAACCUGCAUAAUGAGAUGAGUUUGUCUCUUGUAACGUCUAACUGAAUUGAAGCCCUGGAUUGAAGCAUGACAAUUUUUAUACAAAUUAUUUAUUUAUAAUAAAGGAAUGUUUUGCAAAUGUUGAGCGUUGUUUGGUGCCAUUUUAAAUUAAGAACUGAAACAUAAAACAGCCUAUUGUGAAGGAAAAGAACGGCACCCCUAUCAUGUUAAACCAGUACCGGAGCCAGGAAUGUCACUUGAAGUUUGAGGUACAAUAGACAUUUAUUGCAGGUAUUUAGGAACACAAAAAUACAGAGAAAUACAGUCUUUCCCUCUGGACCAGGUAAACAGAAUUAUUAGCAGAAACCCGGCCUAGCAUAAGACUAUAUGGAUUAGGCAAAACCUUUCUCCUAUCCCCUUCCUAUAUUUCCUAGACACCUUUUCUCAGCCUUCUCCUUAAUUUAGACUGAACAGGUGCAAAACCUGAGCAUCGCCCAGCCUAGUUCUUAAAAGCCCUUACUUAGGUUUUUUUAUUUAUAUUAAAAUACUGAUUUAGUUACAUUAUCACCAAAAAAUACAUAAAUAAAAAAUUAAUUAGUUAAAUAACCAAGGUUUACCAAGGUAAACAAGCCCCUGGUCCGCGUUCUCGUGCAUGCCAGUUUUCAAAGCAUGCGGCUUGUGUAGGCAUGCUCCCUCUCCCAGCCUCAUUGUUACCACUGCAAGUGACCCUUUCCAUGCUACUAAGCAUUCAUUAGUAUUGUUAUUAUUGUUACCAUUAUUGUCAAUAUCAAUAUCCACUGAUUCACAGACACCAGGUUGUGAACCAGUCACGACAAACAAACUGGACUGCAGAAGGCCAUUAUGUGAUUGAAGGGAUGUCUAGGCUAAGGGGUCAAUUUGCACAUGACCAGUGUGGCUCAGACUCAAACACUAUGUCAGAGUAAGAAACAUUGCACAGCCAUGCUUUAUGGGGAAAGAGGAGAGAAGUUGCAGAUGCGAGCCUAAAGAAACAAACGUAAGCUCUGUUUUGUUAAACUUCCUCAUCUAUAAAUAUUCAAUAUUCAGAUGUUUUAAGUUAUAAACUAUUUUAAUUAUUACUUUACCACAAAUCAUAUCCCAGUAUUAAAAAUGAAAGAUUUCUGUG